CUUUUGUUGUGAGCAUUUGCUUGACCAGCCGACUUUUUUCUGGUUUGUUGCGGAAGGUAUAAAAUACCUAAUAGUUACUAUGUAUAAUCCAGUUAGUUUAACGCAACGCACUAUCCACACAUAACAGCUUUAGUGCGAAGAGGGGCUCUAAAAAUACACAGAGAAAUGGAACGUUGGUUGAAUCGUGUUGCUGUGGUCACUGGCGCUAGUUCCGGCAUUGGUGCGGCUGUUGUAAAAUAUCUCGCUAAUAACGGUAUGGUGACAGUCGGCUUGGCACGACGCAAAGAACGUGUCGAAGGUCUGCGUGAUGAAGUGAAAGAUGAGGCUAAAGCACGCAUACAUGCAAUUAAAUGUGAUGUCACAAAUGAAACAGAAGUUAUCGCCGUCUUCAAAGAGAUCGAGAGCAAUUAUGGGCCAAUUGCAGUGCUAGUAAAUAAUGCGGGUGUGGUGCGUUUCAGCGAUAUGGUGAAAGAAGGCAACUCACAAGAUUUACGCGAUGUGCUCGAUACAAAUGUUUACGGUAUUGUUUGGAGCACACGAGAGGCCUUCCGCUCGAUGAAGGCCAAUGGUGGUGAUGGUCAUGUCUUCGUCAUGAAUAGUUUAGCCGGACAUAUGGUGCCGAUCAUACCGAAUUUCUCCUUGAAUAUGUAUCCGGCCUCAAAGCAUGCAGUGACCGCUUUGACGGAGAUCUAUCGUCAGGAAUUCUUUAACAAUAAAACAAAAGUUAAGAUUACCAGCCUUAGUCCUGGUGCUGUGGUAACCGAGCUUGCCGGUGCUGCGGCAACUGUGACACCGGAUGCCGCCGUUUUGACACCCGAGAAUAUCGCCGAUGCGUUAAUCUAUUGUCUGCAGACGCCACCAAAUGUGCAGAUACACGAACUAACUAUAAGACCCGUCGGUGAAAGAUUCUAAGAUUCCUCGUGUUGGAACACUAAUAAACAUGCUAUGUGAUUGUUAUAAAUAAAAUUAUAAAAUAAACAAACAAACGUGAAAGGUAUUAAUAA